AUCUCGGAAUAUUCUGGCAAUCUACAACACAAAAUGAAGCCCCAGUUAUUUGCUGUAGACUUCAUCCUCCUGUGCGUAUCUUGCGGGGCAAGUGCACUGGCAACAAGUGUUCUUGCAGCAUCCACGUCCUCUCCGAGUGCCAACAUCACCAGUCUGGGCACAGCGCAUCGCUUUGGAAAAGAUGAGCCAGCUCCUUCCAAAAGCAGGAGGAAGCGUUUUAUUAGUCAGAAUGACAUGAUCGCCAUCCUCGAUUACCACAACAAAGUCAGGGGCAGGGUGUUUCCUCCAGCAUCCAACAUGGAAUACAUGGUGUGGGAUGACACAUUAGCAAAGACAGCGGAGGACUGGGCUCACUCUUGCUUGUGGGAGCACGGACCGCCUCACCUCCUCAGGUUCCUGGGUCAGAACCUUUCUGUCAGGACGGGACGCUAUCGGUCCAUUCUCCAGCUGGUGAAGCCCUGGUACGAUGAGGUGAAAGAUUAUUCCUUUCCUUACCCUCGUGACUGCAACCCUCGCUGCCCUCUCAGGUGCUACGGACCCAUGUGCACCCACUACACACAGAUGGUGUGGGCAACCUCUAACAAGAUCGGCUGCGCCGUCCACACGUGCCACAACAUGAACGUAUGGGGGUCAGUGUGGAAAAGGGCAACGUAUUUAGUCUGCAACUAUUCACCGAAGGGUAACUGGAUCGGAGAGGCUCCUUACAAGGUUGGUGUGCCCUGCUCCGCCUGCCCUCCCAGCUAUGGGGGCUCGUGUAGCAACAACAUGUGCUUCCCAGCACUCAAGACAAACUACCUGACUGGUUCAAAUAAACACCAGCUUCCUCCCAACACAAGCUGAUGACCUAUAGCACCGUGGAGACAUUGAUUUAAUCAAGUACGGAUUUGCACAACUGCCAAGCACCACACUAUUUUGUAUAUAAGGGCUUAUUUAAAGGUAGGACCAAACAUGUGAAGGCGAUUUGAUAACAUGUAAAUAACUUGUACAUUUAUUUGUUGUGAUUGUGUCAAAUAUCUACGACUAUUAUUGAUAAUGAAAUAUAUAUAUAUAAAUAUAUUUA